GCCCUGUGCGCCUGACACGCAGAGCUGCGCAGUGAUGUGGGUGAGAGUGAUCGCAUAGGUGGAUCGUCCUGGACAAUGGGUGUGUGAAGACGGCGCACGAAGCCAAACAGCCAAAGAGAAACGUUGUUGUUGUUUUUGUUUUUUUUAGAAUUCAUAUUUUUCUUCUGAUUUGAAUAACUGAAAUGACUAAGCGAGUCAGACCCGGCUAUUGUCGCCAAGAAGUGAACAAAACGACAUGGGAAGUACCGGAUCGAUAUCGGGAUCUGAAGCAGGUGGGCACCGGGGCUUACGGGACGGUGUGCUCAGCUCUGGACUCCAGAACCGGAGCCAAGGUGGCCAUCAAGAAGCUGUACCGACCUUUCCAGUCGGACCUUUUUGCAAAGCGUGCUUACAGGGAGCUGAGGCUUCUCAAACACAUGAAACAUGAGAAUGUGAUCGGUCUGGUAGAUGUGUUCACAGCUGACCUCUCUCUGGACAGAUUCCAGGACUUUUAUCUGGUAAUGCCAUUUAUGGGCACAGAUCUGGGGAAGCUGAUGAAAGUACAGAGGCUGUCGGAAGAAAAAAUACAGUAUUUGGUUUAUCAGAUGCUUCGGGGUCUGAAGUAUAUUCACUCAGCUGGUAUAAUUCACAGGGACCUCAAACCGGGAAAUCUUGCUAUCAACCAAGACUGCGAGCUCAAGAUUCUGGACUUUGGUCUGGCACGGCAGGCAGACAGUGAGAUGACGGGGUAUGUGGUGACCCGAUGGUACAGGGCUCCAGAGGUCAUCCUCAGCUGGAUGCACUACACUCAGACUGUUGACAUUUGGUCUGUGGGCUGCAUCAUGGCGGAAAUGCUGCAAGGAAAACCUCUUUUCAAAGGCAGUGACCACCUAGAUCAGCUGACUGAGAUCAUGAAGGUCACAGGAACACCUACUCAGGAAUUUAUCUUAAAACUGGAGUCUGAAGAUGCCAAAAGCUACAUAAAAGGUCUUCCAAAGGUGGAAAAGAAAGAACUUCAGAAACUGUUUUCUACAACUAAUCCUCAAGCUGUGUCUGUGCUGGAGCGCAUGCUGCUGCUCGACCCACAGAGCAGAGCGACGGCCGCGGAGGCUCUCAGUCUGCCGUACUUCACCGACUUCAGAGAUCCGGAUGAGGAGACGGAAGCACAGUUAUACGACCACUCGUUAGACAACGCCGACAUGCCUCUGGAACAGUGGAAACGUCACACCUUCACAGAGAUAUUGACAUUCAAACCAGUUGUGCCAGAAUCCAAGGAAACCUCAUUGUAAAACAACAACAGAGCUGUCUGUACACGUGCGUGGGACCAGAAC